AUGACGAGGGCUGAGAACUCCGAUGAAUGUAGGAAAACAUUAGAUGACAUUGAACGACACUUAAGAAUUUUAAAUACUUUAGGAGAAAAUACCGAACAUAACCACCUUAGAUUCUUAAUUAUGGAAAAAUUCCCCGAGGAUAUAAUAUACGAGUUGAAACUGAAAUUGAAGGAUGAGUCUAUAGAAGAGUUAAGAAAAGAGUUGCAAGUAGUGCUCACGGCCAGAGAAGAUGCAAAGAGAACUUGUGAAGAAUUCAAGAAUAAGGAGAAGAGCUUCACUACAGAAACGCUUCUAAUACAAGAGUCCAGGAAAAAGAAAAGAGCAAGGUCGAGGAAACCAGAUGUUAGCAAGGACACACAUAAGAAGCAUAAACCAACCUUGACUGCCUUUAGUAAGACAUAUGCCAAUAAACGAAAGUUCAUGGAAGAAAGAAACAGUUCUGCACCUAUUCAAAAGAAAAGAAAGAUUUCAUGUAUAUUCUGUAGUGGAGAUCACUUCAAUGAUGAGUGCACCAAGCUCAAAACAGUACAACAAAGAAAGUCAAAGUUAAAUAACCGCUGCUACAUAUGUUUAGGUCUAGGUCACCGUGCAAGAACGUGUAAAAGAAAUUUUAGAACUUGUCUACAUUGUGGAAGAAAAGGACAACACAACAGAGCACUGUGCCCUACGAAGGAACAACCCACGAAGGAACAACCUAAGAAGGAAACCACGACCUCAUUACAUAUCAAUGACGAUUCGCCAACAGUACUCCAGACAGUUAUAGUUAACGCUAUAGGCAGAAACAAUACAAUACUCAAAUGUCGUGUGCUCUUCGAUUGUGGCAGCAUGAGAAGUUAUAUCUUACAAAAGGUAGCCAAAAAACUUAACCUGGAAUCUGAAAAGAAACAGCAUCUCACGGUAUUUACCUUUGCUGAGGAUAAACCUCGUGAGUUGGAGACUCCACUGGCCAGACUCUGCUUGCAAACAAAAACUAAUGAAUUAAAGUUAAUAUAUGUCAACAUUGUGCGCUCUAUGACUCAUGAAGUAUCCACCUUUAGCAAGGACUUCUUAGAAUGGGAACAUCGAAACAAGUAUAUUCUAUCCGAUGACGGAUCACUCGAAGAUCAAGUUGACAUCCUGAUAGGGAACGACUACUAUCAGUCACUAAUGCUAUCCGAGAAGAUAGAGAUAAAGGAAAAUCUAUAUCUAGUGAAUUCUGUGUUUGGUUGGAUGCUGUCUGGUCGAUCAAGAGAAGAAAGAGGAGAAGAAUUAUCAGUACUUACAUACUUCCAAGCCUCAUACGAGACCAAAUUAAAUGAACCAGAUCUACCGUUGGAUAAUACAUCUAUGAGAGCCUUAUGGGAUUUAGAGUCUAUAGGAAUUGUCGACUCGCCUAACACCAAUAGAGAUGAAGAAGCGAUCAAGCAUUUCAACGAAAACACAAUACUAGAAAGUGGAAGAUACCAUGUCAGCUGGCCAUGGAAGGAUUAUCCUCCAGAGUUACCAACAAAUUACGGAUUAGCAUAUGGAAGACUUGUGGGGCUCGUGAAAAGACUGGAUAAAGAGACGUUAUCAAUGUAUGAAAAGACAUUAAGUGAUCAAUUGGAAAAUUAA